AUGGCGGUUUCAAGCAUGAUGGGCAUUAGUCCUUGGCAGCAGAUGGAGGCGAUGAGUGCUGCCAGCAGCAUGGCACAACGCGCGCAGGAAGCAGUCCAGGAUACUGCAGGCUUCGUGUCGGGCGGCAUGUUCGGCGAGUCGGACAUCCAUGCGGCAGCGGCUCACAAAGAAGCUGCGGUAAGAAGACCGACAGUGGUCGACCCAUCUGCGAUUUCGAAGCGCAAGUGGCGGCUCUGUGUCCAUCAUGGCAGGGACAUGCCAUCAGAACCCACUUUGCUCGAGGUGACUACGCAGGUGAACUCUGAGAGGCAGGAGAGGCAUGUCAGCCCUGUUUCAGUAGCGUCCGAGUACCCAGUGUGGGACUUCAACAUGGAGUUUGACGUGGACCUCUACGGCGGAAGGCCGCUGAACGUAGAGAUCAAGGUCAUGUCCGCCAGGCUUUUCGGCCGGCGCCACUUGUUUUCGGGAUCUCUCAGCGCUGCGGUGGGUUCCAACGAUGUGCGGCGGCAGGAGAUCACUCUGGAGUCCGCGCCAAGCAUUUUUACCGGAGCUGCGGACACGAAUUCUCAACUCGUUGUAGCCUGGCAGCUGUGUGAUCCGGAUGCUGCUCAGCCAGAGCUUUCCAGAGUGGCGGAGUCGGGUAGAGAAGCGAUGGACAAGCAAACGUUCAUAGCAAACGUUGGACUCAGGAAAUGUGAGCUGCGCACCGGUUUCGACCCCAACAAGUACGAUGUCUACUUAAGGAUAAGUGGCGUAAUGCUCGACGAUGUCUCGAGCGAGGCAGACACAGAGCUGGUUGUCGAGGAUUUCCCGGCAGAGCCAGUGGAUGAUCCAUCCGACGGAAAGACCAAGAAGAACAAGAACGUGCACAUUUUUCGCUUCAAGAGACCGAGCCAGGGUGAUUCUCAUUUUUCAUGGAGCCUGGUUGCCAGCAAGGAAGCCGUGAAUUUCAUUCUCAGCUGUCCACGCAUUUCCUUCUGUCAGGAGAACAACUGGAAAUUUUCAAGUCGUUGGACUUGCCUGGACAAGUCUAUGGAAAAUGUCGGAGUCGUGUACGCCGUGUCCUUCCCGGACAGUCCCAUCAUCAAGAUCGGAAUGAUCCUGUCUGACGACUUCGAGCCCUUCGUGCGGACGCUCCUGACCAUGACGGACGCCCAACUCAAGAAUCUCUUCAACAAAUAUUGGCUGGCGUGGCAAGACCCCUGUCCGACCUUGCCGCACGACACUUUCCAGGCCGCGCCGCCUGCAUCUACCCAUGCUGACAAGGCAUUGACCAAAGAGGGGAUCCCCGCAGUGGCUGAGGUGACCAUGAUGUGUUACGAAGAUUACCGGCGUGAGAUGCCAUGA